CGUUCUUCUUCUUCAUCCUUCACCCUUCUCCCAACUUUCCUUCAAAACCCUAAAUCCCUAAAUUCCAUCCAUAUGUUCUUCUUCUGCAACCUUCUCCCAAAUUGGACAUACUCCGUAAUUCUUCAAAUCAUAUGUUCUUCUAUCUUCUUCCACUUUCGAUUUUUGUUUACUCUCUCUGCGAACCUGCGAACAGAUGAACAUGACUUCGACCUCUUCGGCGCCAACGAAAUCAUAUUCUCAAGGUUGGUGAAGACAAUGAGAUCGAUAAAUAUGGACGAAAGAUGAAGCUGCUCAAGGUGAAGGAUGGGACACUCCCACCCAUUUUUUAACCGUGUUCAUGUUUGAUGUUGAGCUUUCAGAGUAAAUUUGCGUGUAAUUCAGAUCUGGUUCUUUUUUCAGCAGAUCAUCUAUGGUACAAAGCACAAUGAUUCCAUGUUGUAGCCUCCUUUGACAGGGGUUUGUUUCGACUGUAAGACAUAUGCGCUCAUUCGUUCCUGCCAUUUAUGACAUAACAGUGGCUGACCCUAAAAGUACUCCUGCUCCUACAAUGCUAAGACUCUUAAAUAGGAAACCUUCUGUGAAAAUGAUAAAACAGAAAAUGAUAAAAAACAUUGGAGAAGGCAAAGUAUCCGAAUCAAACAAUGGUGAUACAGUUAUUGAUAUUCCACCAGACCUGUUGAUUACAGAAUUUGAGGACCCAAUCGUAGCAAUAGUUAAUUCUACAUAUCCGGAAUUUACGAGCAAUUCUUGCUUCUACAUUGGAGGAGACGUGCGUGAUUAUUUCAGUGCAAAUUCUAUUGAUAAGUCGGAAUUCCACGAUGUAACAUUGGUUGACAUCCUCACCCCAGAAUUUCUCAGUUCACUGCAAACAUCAGGAUUACCUAACCAUCAUAUAAAACUAAAGGUUGGGACACCAAUUAUGGUCAUGAGAAACAUCAACCAGUAUGAAGGCUUAUGUAAUGGAACAAGGUUGAUAAUAACAAAGUUGGGUGGUGUGAUUUAAACUAUGUGAUUUUUAUUCUGGUGGUAAAAUUACUCUUGGUUGGGUGGAGAUAGAAGUUGAGUGUUGAGCCUUUGUUGCCUUUUAUAUGUACCAGUAUGUAAACUUGUAACAGGAUCAUGGCAUGUCUUAUGCUGUGUUAUUAUUAAUAUAUUUCU